AUGUGUGUGUUUCUUGUUAAUUUAAUUGUUUUGUCAGCCGAAGGGUCGGCGCUUUUUGAAUUCUGUUCGUCCUUUCCCGGGAUUCUCGCAGGAAAAUUCCCAUUCAAGUGCAAGCGCGUGUUUUGGUUGGAAUUUGGUUUGUGGACCCGUACCAGAGCGGCAUGAGCACGUCCUGACCGGGAUAGCCAUGGGUGCAAAGUUCAAUCUAGGCCGUAACCACUACCUGCUGCUCGGGUUCGUCUGCGGGUUCCUGUUUAGCUACUACUCGCCCCAGGACUACACCGAGAUAGUGACGGAAUGCCCGGAGGUGACCGAGCAUACGAACAAGCUGAACGGCCUCGACGGCCACGGAUCCGAGUUCGAGCCGCAGCUCAAUCUCGAGCAGAAACCGAUGAUCGCGAAGAAGGUGGUGAAGAACAUCGUGCGACCCCGCUACUAUUACACCGAGCUGGGCAUCCGGGAGAAGCUGUUUCUGGGCGUGCUGACGACGACGGAGAACAUCGAUAGCCUGGCGACCGCGAUCAACCGUACUGCGGCUCAUCUCGUCAACAAGAUCAAGUUCUUCAUCCACGCCGAGAGCAUGAAGUCCAACUUUCAACUGAAAAACAUCGUCGGUUUCACGGACACUCGCGAGAACCUACGCCCGUUCCACAUGCUCAAGUUCCUGGCCGACAACUACCUGGACGAGUACGACUACUUUCUGCUCGUGACCGAUACGACGUACGUGAAUGCGCGCACGCUGCGCAGCCAGCUCGAGCAUUUGAGCGUUACGAUGGACGUGUAUAUGGGACGGCCACUGGCGGGGGCGAACGGACCGGAGGAGGGGGGCCCCGGCACUGGCGACGAAUCGCCCAGCAGUAGCAGUGGCAGCAGCACCGGUACCGGUACCGGCACCGGCACCAGCGGGUACUGCGAUCUGAACGCCGGCAUCAUCCUAAGCAGUGGCGUGAUCCGGAAGGUGCGCGCCAACCUGGACUGGUGCGUGCGGAACGCGCUCGGUGACGAUCACAGCCACAACAUCGGCAAGUGCGUGAAGUACUCGGCCAAGCUCGACGGUUGCCACGAUCGCUGGCAGGGCAUCGCGGUGAGCAGCUACCGGUUGAGCAGCUUCAAGAUCUACCGUGACUUCCACCUGAUCGCGAAGGAACCCGCGUUUAACGGUGCAUCGACCGUGUUUCCCGUGACGGUGGCCGACGAUUUCUACCUGCUGCACGCGUACUUCUCCCGCGUGCACCUCGAGACUAACAACGAACGGAAGCGACAGCUGCAGGAGGAAGCACUCCAGAUAGCGGGCGGAGCGCUGCCGAAUGACGUGCUCGAGGUACGGUGGCCACUCGGCGUACCACGAACGAGCCCCCCCGAGUCACGCCACGACAUCAUCAAGUGGACCACGCUCAACCUGACGCACAUCUUCAUGCGCAACACGGAGGAGAACGUACGCCGGCUAUCGGCAGUCGACGAGCAGGACAUCCGGAACGUCCUGAACAAAACGGUCACGGAGGCCACCCGCAACCAGCCCGACGCCGAGUACCGCGGGCUGCACUCGGCGUACAAACGGUUCGAUGCGGUGCGCGGCAUGGAGUACCGGUUGCUGCUCAACUUCUACGAUCGCAAGCGGAAGCGCAUGCGGACGCGCAGCUUCGAGGUGAUCAAACCGAUCAGCCUGAUCGAGAUUGUCCCGUCGCCGUACGUGACCGAGAGCACACGGGUCGCUAUUCUGCUGCCCGUGCUCGAGCACCAGGUACAGGAGACGGAGCAGUUUCUCGAGAGCUACGAGCGGACGUGCAUGGACAGCCAGGACAACACGUUUCUCAUGCUGAUCUUCUUCUACCGGGCGGACACACCGAGCAAGGGCGACGAGGACGUGUUUCUGCCGCUCAAGAACAUCGCGCUGGCGGUAACGGAGAAGCACAAGCAGGAUGGGUCCCGUGUGGCAUGGGUUUCGAUUCGGUUACCGCCGGAGCUGAGCGGCAAGUUUGAUGACAACCACCGCUACUACAGCUCGAUGUACGGGCAGCACGGUCGGCUGGCGUUCGCCGCCGUCGACCUGGCGCUGCGCAAAAUCGGUCUCGAGAGCCUGGUGAUGCUGUGCUCGAACGCGGCCACCUUCCGGUCCGACUUCCUGAACCGUGUGCGCAUGAACACGAUCCAGGGCUUCCAGGUGUUCAGCCCGAUCGGUUUCAACAUGUACCCGUGCGAGUGGACCGGCCUAUGCAAACCGUGCGAAAACUGUGACGUCGGCCAGGGCAUCGGUUACUUCGAUCACCAUAACUACGAUGUCGUGUCGUUCUACAGCAACGACUACGUGGCGGUACGCAAGGAGCUCGAGAGCCGGCUACCGAUCGUGCGGAGCGAUCGGGACAUUGUGAACCUGCUCGGCACGAACGCUACCGGCCCGCCCACUGGCGGCCCACUGACCAACAUCGUCCAGCUGUUCCUGCAGGCCAACACCGAUCUACAUGUGCUGCGUGCGAUCGAGCCCAACCUGCGGCUCGGUAGCAGCAUCCGCAACUUCCUGGCCACCGAUCCGAACGGGGAGCGGUUUGCCAGGCUGAGCUGCCCCGAACCCGACGACAACCGGCAACAGUGCAUACGGAUCGCGUCGAAAAAGCAGAUCGGCGAUCUGCUGGUACAGUACAGCAAACAGCGCACCGAAAGUCAACCGACGCGGCGAUAGAAAGCCUGGAUAGCCUGGAUCGCGCGAA